UUGCCCAGGAAAAGAAAUCAUCCUGUAGAGUAAUAUUUGAGGAACCAUAACAACACAACAAAUGUUCAGGAUCACUCAUUUUCACUCCUGCCACUGAAAAAGAGGCAAACAUGGUCUGAUUUUUUUAAAAGUUGUAUAACAUAGGUAGGGCAUGAAUUUGGUGUAAACAGCAUUACUAAUCUUAAAACCAGUUUUUUAUUUUACUGUGCUGGAGUAGAGUUCACAGAAUGAAUGUUUAUGAAUCCAUGCCAUAAUAAGUUGGGCUGCUCCAACAGUGCCAGGUGUGGUCUUCAAUACUCUGAACUGAAUAUUAACAACAGAAAAACAUUUACUUGGCGCCUGAGGUUUACUCCUCCAGAAGAACACAAGUGACAGUGACACAAGUGAAUGAAACAGACAUUUGCCGGUCCAGCCAGAGAGAAGAGGGGAAAUGAAACGAAGUUAAGUUUAUUUUAAAAACCUAAAAGAUUUGCAACUUCUGAGAAAACAUUCAGAGCAUGAGCCCGAUACGCCAACCCCCUUGUCUUUGAUUACUACAUUUUAAAAAAAAAAGUUAGAUUUGGGGUCUAGAUGUGUCAGUGAUCACACUCCAUACAAAUAUCCCAGUUGAAGCUUGAGUCCUGGACGCGCAUUCAGGUGCCAGUGUGAUCUCUCCGCGCGCUCACGAGCAUGUAAACACCUGACAGCAGGAGUCAGACCCCGCUGUUUAUUUUUCAUAGGCUCCUCUGCAAACCCCUCCUGUUGAUCACGCAGCUGUUUCUUGCUAGCAGGAUGACGGACGAAGAGUCGUUUGUAUCAGAGGAUCAGACUGUGGGAGACAGCGGCCUGCUGCAGGACUACAGGCGGCCUACUCGGCUUUACUGCAUGAAUGGCGGACAUCACCUCCAGAUCCUCCCCGAUGGGACAGUGCAGGGCCAGAGGGAUGACGGGGACGUUCACACUGUUUUAAAGCUCAAAGCUGUGGGCAGAGGCGUAGUGGUCAUCCAGGGAACAGAAGCCGAGCGAUAUCUGGCCAUGAGCGACAAGGGGCGAUUGUACAGUUCACCCACAGUAAAUGAUGAAUGUUACUUCCUGGAGAAACUGGAGGAGAACCACUACAACACAUAUCUAUCUCAGAAAUAUCAGGAGGGGAACUGGUACGUGGCUCUGAAAAAGAACGGAAAAGCUAAACUGGGUCCACGGACUCACAUCGGACAGAAGGCCAUCUUCUUUCUGCCCCGACAUCUGUGAGCACACUUGUCCCAACACACACAGCGAUACCUCAGCCCAAACGGAUGUGAAGCUGCGGAGGGAUUUUCUUCUGUUGAAAACACACGUAUUUCCCCAUAUUAGUUCAUGACACAGACCAGGAGACAUGAAGAAGUGGUGUGAAAGUGGUUGAUAAUAAUUAUAAUCAUUAGGGAAAUGACCAGCUGUUUUGUUAAUGUGCAUGUUGUCAUCUUGUUUUUGUUCACUUACACAACGCCCCAUUUUAUUUGGUAGCAGCUUUUCUUAUUGCACGGGAAAAAAUUUAAGGAAUCAUACAAGAAAACAGAAAGUUCGACUGAGCCAAGCAGCAGUGAUUUGAUUUAUUGAAUCUGAAUGAGCGGUUCUCAGACUCAAGGUUCUUUUGAAAUGGGGCAUUUCAGAUGAUUUUGUAGGAUGAAGGAAAAAACAUUGAAAAAUAAUAUUCUAUUGUAUUUUCUAAUAUACUUUAUGUAGCAUUAUUUGCAAAAAACCCCUCUAGUAUACUAUUAGUUUGUACAUUUUGUUGUUAUCUAAAUUGUUUAUCAUCUUAAAAAUAGUUUCCAGAUGUCAAUGACAUUUGGUGGAAAGUCAGGCAUGAGGCAUGUGUGGACAGAGGCAUGAAAUCAAAUUUAAAUUGAAGGAUCAUUGUGAUCCCUAUUGUAUUUGACUUGAAUGAAAGAUGAUGAAUCAAAGUGAUUGAGACUGUUGCUGGCUUGCUUCGAGUUGUGCGCUUGAGUUCUUUAGUUGGACUUUUCUGCUCUCGCGAAGUAACAUCUCGGCAGAUAAUAAGGGCAAUAAACAGCUUGAAAGAGGCUGUUGAGUCAUUUACCGCUCUGCAGGUGUGUCACAAGCUGAAACGGUGAAGUUUCACAUUUUUCAGUUAAACUUUUGGCGCCACUAAUGUGGCAAAUUGCCCAGUGCACCAUUAAACAAGCAUAAAGACAUUUGCUCUGUUGCAAUCUUUAGACACACACUUUUAAAAUAAUGUAUAAUAACAUUUUCCAAAUAAUGUAAUUUUUAUUAUGGCAUGGCAUUACACAUCAUCAGAGCAGUUCUGAAAACCCAGGCUUGCUGGCACAGCAGUCAAUAAUCCAGACAACUGAGAAAUGACGCAUUGAAAGUGACAUUUAUUCAACACUAAAUGUUUUCUGUACAAUUUCAUAUCAAUAAAA